CGUAUCCGUCGGCGAGGUGACAGAGACUGGAGCGACUCAACACGAAAGUCGACAUUUAGUCGCUCAAAAGGCGCGUGGACUUGUUGAAGUUUUCCGUGACACCUGAGGUGCGCGUGGAUGCUCCGCGUCGAGGUUAAACCCGGUGAAAGGCAAGUUGGAGUGGAGUUUUCUGUCAAGACGGACUGAGACCGAGACGUAUACGUUUCUACCACUGGUUGCCAUUUAACUACUGAGAGAAGGAACCUCAUUCACACUAUAAGGUUUGACUGUCCCCCUCCCCCCCGUCCUCCUGAUCCCUGGUCCUCACUGCCUGCUGUUCCUCAAGGCACUGGGCUAAGUAUGGGGUAAGAGAGCUAAGAGAAGACACCAGAGCGACACAAGCUGAGGACGCCCACAAGCCUGCACAGGUGGUGAGCGGACGUUGCCAUGGCGAUUCUGCGGAUGAGGCUAAAGGUUCUGGUGACAGUGAUGAUGGUCAACCUCUUCAUCUUCAUCAUCGUCUCCCGGAACAGCAACCAGGACAAACAAGGGCGCCACAAGGUUCGCAUCCCCAACAAACGCUUCUGGAGCAAACUGGCCCCCAACCAGGCAUAUUGGAACCUCCAGCAGCAGAUUCUGGAUUUCCAGCAUAAUCCCAUCCUAACCACUAACUCCUCCGAAAUGCCUGAUUGGCUCAACAACACAGAGUUGACCUCUGACCCCUGCCAGCCCCUCUAUAGGGUUACCACUCAGGUGAAAGACUAUAACUCCCUACCAGGCCGCUUCAAGGACUUCCUGCUUUACAUGCGCUGCCGCUCCUACCCCCUCCUGGUGGACCAGCCUCAUAUUUGCAAUGAACCACCUUACCUGCUGCUGGCUGUCAAAUCCUUGGCUCCGCACUUCGACCGCCGCCAGGCCAUUCGUCAGUCCUGGGGACAGGCAGGUGUUGUAGCCAAUAAGACUGUGGUGACUAUCUUCCUGCUCGGGAAUGCCACAGCAGUGGACCAUCAUCCAGAUCUGUCAGAGAUGCUGAAUUAUGAGAGCGCUCGCCAUAAGGAUAUCAUCCAGUGGGACUACCGGGAUUCCUUCUUCAACCUGACUGUCAAAGAGGUUCUGUUCCUGGAAUGGAUACAGACCCGCUGCCCCGGGGCUCGCUAUAUCUUCAAAGGCGAUGAUGAUGUCUUUGUCAACACUUUCCGCAUCUUGGACUUCCUCAAAGGCCUCUCAGGACCCAAGGCCAGGGAUCUGUUUGUAGGUGACGUGAUCACCAAUGCAGGGCCACAUCGCGACAAGAAGGUCAAAUACUUCAUUCCAGAGAGCAUGUAUGUUGGGACGUACCCUCCGUAUGCAGGGGGUGGCGGUUACCUUUAUUCAGGUGACCUAGCUGCUCGUCUGCACAACAUAUCGCACCAUGUGGCACUCUACCCCAUAGAUGAUGUUUAUACAGGCAUGUGCCUUAGGAAACUAGGGAUGGCCCCAGAAAAACACAAGGGCUUCAGAACUUUUGACAUUGAGGAGAAGUAUAGGUCCAAUCCCUGUGCCUACAAGAGUUUAAUGCUUGUUCACUCAAGGACCCCACAGGAGAUGAUCAAAAUCUGGGCAUGGCUCAAUAACCCUGAUUUGAACUGCCAGUAAUAGCUCAGUGGCAGCCAUUUUGUGUCUGGGCAAAUCAUUUUGGGUCUGACUAAAAUGGUUAAAAUUACCCAAAAGGGGACAUUUUCGGGGUGACUAAGUGGUACUGGCCAGUGUCAAUUCACUGUUCUUGAAAGGUGAAAAUGACCAAUAUUAUUUUAUUUCAAGUUGGGUCGUGACUUUAAAGUUGGAAACUUAAAGUUGUUGAUAAACUACUGUCAUGGUCUCUUGGGGUUAUUUUGCCUUGUGCAUUGUACCCCUAAAAAUGAGAAAGGACUGCAUCAUUCAUGCAUAGCUCCAUUUUCAAAAUGGCCACCAUAGUAUUUUUGAUGACAGACUUCCGUAGAGCCAGCUGACCCUCCUUUACUGUUGAAUGAGCUUCACCCAAAGUGACCGUGUCAUUCUGUGCGUGCACAUAUUUAUAUUAUGACUAUUUAUAUGAUCUUUAUAAUGCUUUAACACUGUGUGUCAGCUCCAUGAUGGAGCCUCUCAAUGCUGUAUUACAUGAGGAUGGAGACUGAGACUUAAGGUGUGUCCACCAGGGACUCUCUUUACAGCACUUUCUCACUUUGUCAAUAGGAAGUACUUGCUGUUCAGGAUAUUGACAGCUUUGAGAGAUGAGACUGGUUUCAGCACUCCUUGUGCUGAUGUUGUUGAGACUGAUUUUCAUUAGUUUCUUAUCAACAUAGUGAACCAGUGCUUCAACCAGUGCUUCCCACAUACAGCUGUGAUACUAGCCUAAAAAGAGGUUCCCGGUGGACAAAGGCUUAUCUGUUGCUGGAGGCUAAACUUGUGCUCCUAUUCGCAUCCACACUCCUGAAAGUAUUCACUUGUGCUCCACUUGCUCCAUCUCAACCCUAACCUAUUUCUUCUGUAAAAGAAUUGUGCAAAAUUGUUUUGUUUGUUUACUCUCCAUUAUGGCCAAACAAGACACUCAUAUCCAAAACACUGUAAUCAUUUUUAACGCUUUUUUUUUUUGAAGUUCUGGACUUGAAAAGUAUUAUUUUGUCAAAGUUGUGUAAGUUCCCUACUGUACGGUUAAAUUCCCUUUAAUUUGGGCUAUUAUUUUGAAAGAGAAGGCACCACCCUUUUUCACAUGGCUGACAUUUCAUUUUAGAACAAAACACUUCAAAUCAAAGUUUUGAAAUCAUGUGUCGUGUAGAGAGCACAUACUUUCAGGAAAAACAAGGAAUAGGACCAUAGCCUAGCUGAGCUCAGCAGGUCUGGGCUUCAUUUGACAUGGAUCGAGAAAUCCAAAUGCUGUCUGUUUCGCUUCAGGUUAUAUAUUCCACCCUCUCCAGAAAGAAACUGCUGGUAUAAAUGCUAAAUUCAUAUUUUCCACAAAAAGAGACAUUAUAUUUUCAAGCUGCCAGUACACAGCUCAUGUCUGUAGUACUUAUUAUAACCUGAUACAUUGGUGUCUGCAAGUGUUUGUUGUAAAAGUUUGCUUUACUGUGUUGUCAGUGGAUUGAUGAGACAAAUAUGCAUUGUCCAAAAAAGGAAAAAAAAGAAAAAAAAAAAGUUAAGCAUGGUGUCACAUACAGUGAGCAGCUCACGUUUACCGAAGUAUCCGUUAACUUUCUGUCACUGAUCACUGUGAUACUAUGAGACAACUGGCUCUGAGAAAAUCACCAAUCGUUUUAAAGAUUUCAUUCCAAAAUGUUACAUGUCUAAUUUGGGGAGGACAAUUAUCUUGUUCUUUACACAGUAUUUAAAAAAACAGAAAUGGUUACAUCCUUGGAAAAGUUAUUGUUUUACAAGUUAAAAACUCACAGUAUGUGAUAACUGCAGUAACAUUCAGUAAUGAAUUUUACCUUCAUUCCAGGAAUAAUUUUGUCAGCGUUUUUACAAUGGUGUAUUUCUCAUUUUGGAAUGAAAGUCCUCAUUUUACGUUAUGUGAAACGCUCAGCUCACUGCUCGCUGUUUUUUGUUUUUCACAGCUCUUGGGUCUGUCCUGCAUGUUAUGCAGAAAUGCUUCACACAUUUACUUUAUGUCCAUGUGAAAUAAUUUGUUUCUUUUCAACUGUAUGUGAGGCAGUAACAUGAGACACUUGACACCUAUCAUGGGUCUUUCAAAUGGUCCUGUAACAAUGCACGUUAACUUUGAGAGAGGUGACCUCCGAACAGGAUUAGAUGCUUACUUGUGUCAAGUUAUCUUUUUAACUCUCAAAUUCUUUUAAUUGACCCUGACACUGGUUAUUACUGUUCAAUGGAGUGACUUGGGCAGAGAAAAGCAGUGCUCAAGACCUUUUCUCCCUACACUUGAGUUAGAGCUCCCCCUGCUGGUCAGGUGUGUUAACUUUGUAGCUGUAGGACUCAUACAUAGACACUGGCAACUCAAUUAUCCAAAACUUAAUUCCACUGCUUUCUAAUGUCUCUAGUCUCUUCUGUGAUACCUUGACCACCCAUUCAUUAGACACCCUACUAUGGCGUUUAGCAACAGAUUUAAGUGUUUGUAUGAAAGACAGACUUGGGAAGAGUGAUAUUUGUAGAUAUGCUUUGUGGUUACGUUUGGUGCCAGAUGGAUGGGUUUUGCUGCACAUUACACAACAGAGAGUUAGCAGAAGAUUUCCCUGGUGCUGUAAAACCCACUUAUCUGUAGCCCAAGUAGUAUAAAUGAAGAAUUAUUUAAGUUUCUAGAGAAGAGAUCAGUAAAAAAAUAUGAAAAGGAAAGAGACAAAAAGGGGAAAUUGACCUGACCCAGAGACAGAGUAGGGCAGAUUUCACUCGUGUUAAAUGUUUUUGUCAAGGUGUCACCUAUUGUCUUUGUCCUUUCUGGUUCAUGUCUCCUCAAGAUGUCCACUGGGGUUUUUCACAGCUUAAAAACCUAACCAAAGGCAGGUUGCAUCCUCGCAGCUUGCACAUGGGUGCUGUUAGGGGCUACUUGAAAUGUUUACAUGUUUUAAACAGUCAUUUUCACUUUUCUUUAUAAUCAUUACUUAAGUCUGAUCUGCUUUACAUGUGUAUUCCCAAGCUCACUUUCAUGUGAUUUUGUCCUUACUGUCUGAUAUUUGUCUCCUCUUGCCUCACGGGUUUAGAUUCAACCUUUCUCCCUCAUUCUGCUUUGAAUCAUCAUUUGCAUGAGGUACUUUUCCUGUACAUAUUAAACGCACAAUUUAGCUGGAUGUUUUGUUAGUUUUUGAUGCCUCCCCCAGUCUCAGUAGCUAUGAUGUGUUACUGUCUUAGCUUUUGCAGCUGCUGUUGUUUAUACUACUACUCACUGGGACACAACAGCAACCAAGAGGGCAUAAAAGAACAUCAUCUUAUCAUUUACAUGUAUUGAAAGGUCACAUAAAAUCAGUGUUUUUAUAGCUUUGAGGGGAAAAAAAAGUGUCACUUUUCUCUGAGUGACAUAAUACAGAGUUUUGGUUCACUUUGAUCGGGAAACAUUCCCAGAAAAAGUAGCAUACUGGACUAAACAGGGCGGACAACAUGGAGUUGUCCUCUAUGUUGCUAUGUAGUUGUUUCAAAAGUGUUUAGGAAAAAUCCCUCCCCAUCUUUUCCAGUUAUACCACAGCCUUGAAUGUUACAAUUGCCCAGGCUGUUUCUCCUCUAUCGUCAUACAGAAAUGUGCAGAAAUUUCUGGGGAAAAAACUCUUGGAGUUAUUCGUAGUUACACAAGCCCUGGUAUGUACAAGGUUAAAUUUCACUGUAUCCUUCACCUAAUGUGUGUCUAUGUAUUUCAGAGUACUGUUGUGACUUUGUGUAAUACUUCCACUGCACUAAUGAGAGAUGACUACCAAAAUUGUGCCUGAUGUUUUAUCUAUGUAUAAGAAGAUCUAUUGCUAAACCAUGUUAAGUGUGAUUGCUUGUCUAUGACCUAGAAUGACUUGAUUGUUUCAAUAAAGUAUAUUUUGCUGUUUUUGUAA